UGGCUUCCUCUCUCUAUAUGUACUUGGUUUUCUCCUACUUUUCCCACCGUAUUGGAAGCCUCUCUUCUUUGCCAUUGCUUUGCGGAUUUCUCCAGCCUUUCUUGCAGCUCCAAUGGCUUCUUUUACUUCGAGCAGAUGGUUGAGACCUGAGGUGUAUCCCCUCUUCGCAGCAGUUGGUACAGCUGUUGGUAUCUGUUGCAUGCAGCUGGUACGGAAUAUCACCACCAACCCUGAAGUGAGGGUCACCAAAGAAAAUAGGGCUGCUGGAGUGCUUGAGAACUUCUCAGAAGGAGAGAGAUAUGCAGAACAUGGCCUCCGAAAAUUUCUCCGCAGCAAGAACCCUGAGAUCAUGCCAUCUCUUAACAAGUUCUUUUCAGAUCCAAAUUGAAAAAUUAUUGGAAAUUGUCCAAACUUCUGAGAUUUUUGGUUCAUGAUUCAUCUGGACUAGGUUUUUGAAAAGCUUCAUUAUAGAAGAAAUUGAUUUUGUUGAUAGGGUGACUAUUCCUCCAUAUUUGAGUGUUGUUGGUUUCAAUAAAUUUGCUGAACAAUGGAUUUCAUAUCAGUAACUAUAUCAUUCCGCAUCUUAAGUUUCAUGUAAGAAUUUAGACUAAGCACUUUAUCACAGGUUCGGUUUAUAUACCAACACCAGAGUACUUCAGAGGUCUCAACCUUGUUUUAAUUCGCCGCUACGAUGUGAAGGUAAUGGAUGUUGUUUAGAAGUUGGUGGACAGAAUGAAUUAGUCUUGAAAGAGUCAGUCAUGUAUGUAAGCUGCUUGAUUCCCAUAACUUAAGGAAUCAAUCGUGCCAUCUGUGGCAAUUUCAUCAUUAUUGACAGAAGGGUCCUAUCGAUGAUUAGGAAUGAGCAGUGCUAUCAUAACAUGAAAAAUUUAGGUCAUUUAUAUUGUUGUAUGUUUCAGUAUCACUAUGACACUAUCAUUUCCAUGCUGUACCUCUCUCCAUGUUCUUCCUUUUGGAAGCCCAUAAACUUAAUAAGAGUGUGAUUGCCAUGUUACUGAUUAA